CUUGUCAGAUGGUUGUCAGUAUUGUGUUUUUCAAUUUGGCACAGAAAUGCAAUGUUACAAUUCGUUCUUGCUAUGAUGAAUUAUCAAAACAACUUUUUUGUUAUUUAUCUUAAAUGUAGCAGUAUACGAUUUACGUCAAAGUGCUUAAAUCGUUGUUAAUAAUAAUACACAAUGGCGGACUUAACAAAACCGCCCCUAAGUGACAUCAAACGCCCCGAAGAUGUGGUGAAAAUGUCUAUGAAUGAUAGCUUGAAAUUUGCAGUUCUAAUUGGAUUUAUAGAAGUCGGGCAAGUUUCGAACAAAGAAGUUGUAAAUACAGUUUUGCAGUUGUUGGUGGGUGGUGAAUUUGAUAUGGAAUUAAACUUCAUUAUCCAAGAUGUACAGAAUAUCCGGCAUAUGCUGGAACUCUUGGAUCAUUGUCCUACAAAUCUACAGGCUGAAAUAUGGAGUGUAUUUAUUGCAAUUCUCAAGAAAAGCGUUAGAAAUCUCCAAGCAUGCACUGAUAUAAGACUUAUAGAGCAUGUUUUGAAAAGGCUAAGGAAUGCAGAUCCUAUAGUGGCAGAUUUACUUAUUGAGAUGUUAGGUGUGUUAGCAAGUUAUAGUAUAACAGUAAAGGAACUAAAGUUGCUGUUUGGAGCUAUGAAAGUGGUUAAUGGAAAGUGGCCCAGGCAUUCAGCCAAACUACUAAAUGUUUUACGACAAAUGCCACAAAGAACAGGACCAGAUGUAUUUUUUAGUUUUCCUGGACGAAAAGGAUCAGCUAUAGUAUUACCGCCACUAUCAAAGUGGCCUUAUGAGAAUGGUUUUACUUUUACAACUUGGUUUAGGUUAGAUCCUAUUAAUUCAGUUAACAUUGAAAGGGAAAAGCCAUAUUUGUAUUGCUUUAAGACGAGCAAGGGUGUGGGAUACACCGCUCACUUUGUUGGCAAUUGUUUAGUAUUAACAUCAAUGAAAAUCAAAGGGAAAGGUUUUCAGCAUUGUGUUAAAUAUGAAUUUCAACCAAGAAAGUGGUACAUGUUGGCUGUAGUUUAUAUUUACAACAGAUGGACAAAAAGUGAAAUCAAAUGUCUUGUUAAUGGUCAAUUAGCUUCCAGUACUGAAAUGGCAUGGUUUGUUUCAACAAAUGAACCUUUUGAUAAGUGUUAUAUAGGGGCCACACCCGAAUUAGAUGAGGAAAGAGUGUUCUGUGGUCAAAUGUCCGCAAUCUAUCUAUUCAAUGAGGCUCUUACAACACAUCAGAUUUGUGCAAUGCAUCGAUUGGGUCCAGGAUAUAAGAGCCAAUUUCGAUUUGACAACGAAUGCAACAUAAAUUUACCAGACAAUCAUAAAAGGGUGAGUGGAAGUGACAAAACACAAAGCAUGAUUUUGACUGCUGCAGAUGCACGCAUAGUUCUCUAUGAUGGUAAAUUAUCAAACGCGAUUGUUUUCAUGUACAAUCCUGUUGCUACAGACACUCAACUAUGCUUGCAAUCAGCGCCCAAGGGGAAUGUAUCUUAUUUCGUUCACACGCCACAUGCGCUCAUGCUGCAAGAUGUGAAAGCUGUGAUAACACAUUCCAUCCACAGUACUUUAAAUUCCAUUGGCGGAAUACAGGUUCUGUUCCCUUUGUUUUCACAAUUGGACUUGCCUUAUGAACACAAUGGUGCUUCAGACACCAAAAAGGACACUUUAUGUUCAAAAUUAUUGGGAUUCAUAUGUGAAUUGGUGGAAAAUUCACAUACCGUGCAACAACAUAUGAUACAAAAUCGAGGAUUUUUGGUGAUAAGCUUCAUGUUACAGAGGUCGUCUAGGGAUCAUUUGACGAUUGACGUUCUUGCUUCGUUUUUAGGGCUAACCAAAUGUCUAAUUACUUCUCUAAGUGCCAAUAGCGAAUUACUGCUGAAACAGUUAUUUUGUUUUUCGUUUUUGACCUGGCAGCUACUGGACCACAUAUUGUUCAACCCAGCUCUAUGGAUCUAUACUGCUGCUUCAGUUCAGUUGAAAUUGUAUUCUUAUUUGGCUACUGAAUUUCUCUCAGACACCCAAAUAUACUCGAACGUUCGACGGGUCUCGACUGUCUUGCAGACCGUCCACACCCUGAAGUAUUACUAUUGGGUGGUCAAUCCCAGGCCCAAGAGUGGGAUUUCCCCUAAAGGAAUUGAUGGAUUGAGGCCUGUUCAAAAAGACAUUAUUGCUAUUAGGGCGUACAUAUUGCUCUUUCUGAAACAACUUAUCAUGAUUGGCAAUGGAGUGAAAGACGACGAACUGCAAAGCAUUUUAAAUUAUCUCACAACAAUCCACGAAGAUGAGAAUUUGCAUGACAUCUUGCAGAUGUUGAUAUCAUUGAUGUCAGAACAUCCAUCCUCCAUGGUACCAGCUUUUGAUUCCAAGCAAGGGAUUAGAACAAUAUUCAAACUACUUGCUUCUGAUGGUCAGCUCAUUAGGUUGCAAGCAUUGAAGCUAUUAGGGUUUUUCCUGAGUAGAAGUACACAUAAAAGGAAGUAUGACGUUAUGAGUCCUUUUAAUUUGUACACUUCCUUGGCUGAUAGGCUAUUGCUGAAUGAGGAAUCACUUUCUUUGCCCACUUACAAUGUGUUGUAUGAAAUUAUGACUGAACAUAUUAGUCAGCAGAUUUUAUACACAAGACAUCCAGAGCCAGAGUCUCAUUUUCGAUUGGAAAACCCAAUGGUUUUAAAGGUAGUAGCUACACUAAUCCGACAAUCAAAGCAAACUGAACAGCUGCUGGAAGUAAAAAAGCUUUUUCUUUCUGAUAUGACUUUGUUGUGCAACAACAACCGCGAAAACAGGAGAACGGUAUUGCAAAUGUCUGUGUGGCAGGAGUGGCUCAUCGCGAUGGCUUAUAUCCAUCCCCAAAACACCGACGAACAAAAGCUGUCUGACAUGGUUUACUCCCUGUUUAGGAUGUUGCUUCAUCAUGCUAUUAAAUACGAAUAUGGAGGUUGGAGGGUCUGGGUGGAUACAUUGGCCAUUGUUCAUUCUAAGGUUUCUUAUGAAGAAUUUAAGCUACAGUUUUCACAAAUGUAUGAAAACUAUGAGAAGCACAGGUCAGAUCACAUAACCGAUCCCGCAGUUAGGCAGCAGCGCCCAAUCAGCACAAUAUCAGGUUGGCAUGAAGACUCACCAAAAGCUCACAAUGGCCGUCAUACAGAGGAAGAGGACUGGAACAAUUCGGGAUCUAUAGUCCACGAAAUGAACGAAAACGACAAAUCUGAACAAGUUUGUAGCUGUGACUACAACUCAACUCUGUCUGAAGGCAGUCCAGUCUCAUACUUAACCAAAAACGACGAUAGUGAACGUGUGUCUUUGGAUUCUAGAAGUAGUGACCUCUAUAGUGAACACAAAAUUGGUAAAGGAUCACAGUUUUCAGAAGAUUCACCUAUGAAGUGUCAAAACUUAGAUAAUGUUCCAGUGGAUUCUCCGGUCUGUAAUGGAGUCCACACCGGCAGUAGUACUAGCUUUGGCAGCCCGGUUAAAGUUGACUAUCAAGAACAUUAUCCAACUGCUCAAAUAGUAGGGGAGAUUUUAGAAGAAAUACUUAAUAAUUCUGAAAAACUCCUCACUAAUUCUCUAGAAAUUACUCUUGUUCACAAAAGUGAAGAAGCAAUUGUUAUCACAGAUAUAGGUCCAGCAGAUGAUAUUGUUGUUAAAGAUGAAAAGGUCCCGGAAAAAGAUGAACGGGAAGUUUUUGACAGUGAAUCUGAGAGAUAUUUAACUCCAACGGAAGAAAUUGUCGACAAAAAAGAAAGCGAUGUUGAAAAAUCCGAAAAUAACGUUCCUAGUGACUCUACAAACGAUUUAAACGCGAGCGGUAAUAGCUUAAUAAACAGUAUUAAUCUAGGGCAAAAUCAGGGUGCCAUUAGUGAUAAUAAACAAAACGUUAGUUCUAGUGCGAGCGCAAUUGAAAAUUCCGAAGCUGUGCCAAUUUUCGAAAAUAGUGCUGUGUCUGUAGAAAUAGAGCCGUCCAUUCCGAGUGUAAAUAACGUUGACGUUCCGGUCGAAGCCGACGAUGGCGCGACUGAGAAUGAAGUGCCUAACGUUGAUAAAAUACCAACGAUUUCGCAAUACUGUGAUCCUAGUUACGAUUCAACCGAUUCCCCUUCUACUUACGUUAUCUACGAAAAUAUUAGUGAAAUUGAUAACACUGAUAAGUCCAAGGUGCCUGUAGAUUUGCCCAAACGGAGAGUCAGCCUGCCUUCAAACAAUGAGCCUGAAUCAACUCAGGUUAACGGUACUGUUCAGAUGCCACAGGUGUCACCUCAUGGAAGGCCACGAAGCGCGUCAACUUCGACCCAGGUCGAUUCUAACGAAUUGGACGCUAAAGCAGCCAGUAUAGAACAACCAUCAUCUAAACCAACAUUUAGCCCCGGACCGACUAGGCCACCUUUCCGCAUACCUGAAUUUAAGUGGUCUUACAUCCACCAGCGACUGUUAUCCGACGUUCUCUUUUCUCUCGAAACUGAUAUCCAAGUCUGGAGAAGCCACUCAACAAAGUCGGUUCUGGACUUUGUCAAUAGUAGCGAUAAUGCUAUAUUUGUCGUUAAUACUGUACAUCUUAUAUCUCAAUUGGCCGACAAUUUAAUAAUUGCCUGCGGUGGACUGUUGCCGCUGCUAGCCUCUGCCACAUCACCAAAUAAUGAAUUAGAUGUCAUCGAACCGACUCAGGGAAUGCCGAUUGAAGUGGCAGUCAGUUUCCUUCAAAGACUGGUCAACAUGGCCGAUGUACUUAUAUUUGCAAGCUCUUUAAAUUUUGGAGAGCUCGAAGCGGAGAAGAACAUGUCGAGCGGCGGCAUUUUGAGGCAAUGCUUGAGAUUGGUUUGCACAUGCGCUGUGAGAAACUGUUUGGAAUGUAAAGAAAGAAGCCGACCACGUCAUGCAAUGGCACCUUCGUCGCUAAAUGCUAAUCACAAGGCAGCACAUUUGCAGUCUUUUAUACGUGGAGUACAGAAUUCUCCUAAGAACGUCGCCGAGAAUUUAUCGAGUCACUCGAGCCCAGUGAAAGAUCCGGAGAAGCUCCUCCAGGAUAUGGAUGUGAAUCGCUUAAGGGCAGUAAUAUACAGAGAUGUGGUGAGAAUGUUUAUCCAGGAGGAGACCAAGCAAGCCCAGUUUUUGUCAUUGGCCAUUGUCUACUUCAUCUCAGUACUUAUGGUAUCCAAAUAUCGGGACAUCUUGGAGCCACCCGGUAAAGUACGAUCUCCAAGUCCGGUACAUACGGUCAUAACAAAUGGAACCAAUCAUCAGGAAAAUAAUCAUGAAAGGAGUACAAGACCUUUAUUUCCCCAAUGGUCUCGCCAUGUAUAUCCCCAAUUCCUGCCCGGCUCCCAUCCCAAUUCGGUGCCGCCGCGCCACAAACUCUACCCCCUAGCAAAACACAACCAUCAUUACAAACUAAACAAUAACCACCACCAUUUCCAUUACCACAGUCACAAGGUCGAGCAGCGUAAUCAUAGAAAUUAUUUGGGCUGCCAAACAGGUUCGAGAGCGAUUCAGAACCAACCCCAAGAGGAAGAGAAUGAAUAUGAUGUUAUUACCGCCUAUAUCCUGGAAGACGGAAACUCCGUAGACCAGGAAAACGAAAUGUAUUCUGGUCCAGCGUCGAUAAAGGUAAACGCUAGACAACGCCCUUCUUUAGGACAUGGGUUUACCGUAGAUUACUCUUUGGAUGGAAUUAAGCAUGCUCGAGGUUGUAAUGCUGUCUGCAUUGUAAAAAAGAGUACCGACUCGGUGGAAGAUUCUGUUGCCUCUGCCGACCUCGGUGCUCACACCGAAGUAAUUGAAGAUAACAAAAUAACUGGUGACGAGAACUGGACUGACAUCAACUUAAACGAAGAAUCCGACUUAGGCGACGAAAGCCGUAACGCAGACAACAUCCACGCGCACGCCGUUGACAUUGAAGGUAACGUGGACGUUUCUUCUGACCGAGGUGACGUCCAACAUCGUCACAUUUCGGUAGUAAAGGUGCCAGAGCAUUUGAUACGUGUGCCGUUGCACCACAUGAGGCCGGACGAUUUGCCAAUUAAUAAUCUGGUCGAUCACUUGUCCAUGCCCACUCCAACACGAGAGGCUUCAUUGACCCAAAAAUUGGAAUCCGCGCUUGGAUCCGUUUGUCCGUUAUUAAGAGAAAUCAUGGUCGAUUUCGCUCCAUUUUUGUCGAAAACUCUUGUCGGAUCGCAUGGACAGGAACUUUUGAUGGAGGGGAAAGGUUUGACCACGUUUAAAAACAGCAGUUCAGUUGUCGAACUUGUGAUGUUGCUGUGCUCUCAAGAGUGGCAGAAUUCGUUGCAAAAACAUGCCGGACUGGCGUUUAUUGAAUUGAUUAACGAAGGCAGAUUAUUGUCGCAUGCUAUGAAAGAUCACAUUGUUCGAGUGGCAAAUGAAGCCGAAUUUAUUUUGAACCGGAUGAGAGCGGAUGAUGUUUUGAAGCAUGCAGAUUUUGAGGCACAAUGUGGCCAAACUUUGCUCGAUCGCAAGGAGGAAGAGCGCAUGUGCGAUCAUCUAAUAACGUCUGCCAGAAGGCGCGAUAACGUCAUUGCCAGUCGUUUGUUGGAGAAAAUCAGGAAUAUAUUGUCUAAUAAGCACGGGGCGUGGGGCUCGGCAGAUUCGCAGGAAUACAGAUUGUCCCAAUUUUGGAAAUUGGACGCGUGGGAAGAUGACGCUAGACGUAGAAAGCGUUUCGUGCACAAUCCACUUGGCACGGCUCAUCCCGAAGCGAGUUUGAAGGCAGCUAUUGAGCACGGCGCUACUGAAGACGCCGUUCUACAGGCCCGAGAAGAAUUCCACGCGCAUUUGGCAGCAACGCGCAAUCAUCAACAAAACCAAACAAGCGAGCUGUUAGACGACAGCGAAUUGCUCAUCGAUGACAGAGAACUGGAUAACGACCUUAAUGGGUCGGUGAAUAUUAGUACGAAAGCAAAACUGAUCGCUCCCGGUGUUGAUGUACCUGGCAUAGUAUCCAUUACUUCAGCCGAACUCUAUUUUGAAGUGGACGAAGAUAGUGACGACUUUAGGAAAGUGGAUGGUGAGGUGUUGAAAUACUGCGACCACCUUCACGGAAAAUGGUAUUUUUCGGAAGUAAGGGCAAUCUUUUCGAGGAGGUACCUUCUUCAGAAUAAUGCCAUCGAAAUUUUCUUGGCCAGUAGAACUUCAAUUAUGUUCGCGUUUCCCGACCAAGCCACCGUGAAAAAAGUGAUCAAAGCGUUGCCCCGAGUGGGCGUUGGUAUCAAGUAUGGCAUACCACAGACCAGAAGGGCAAGCAUGAUGUCUCCCCGACAACUGAUGAGAAACUCCAACAUGACGCAAAAGUGGCAACGCAGGGAGAUUUCGAAUUUCGAAUAUCUAAUGUUCUUGAAUACAAUCGCGGGUCGUACCUACAACGACUUGAACCAAUACCCUGUUUUCCCUUGGAUACUCACCAACUACGACUCAAAGGACUUGGACUUGAGCCAGCCCAGCAACUACAGGGACUUGUCAAAACCGAUCGGCGCUCUCAAUCCAAACAGACGGGUUUAUUUCGAAGAAAGAUACGCUACUUGGGAACACGAUAGCAUACCACCAUUCCACUAUGGUACCCAUUAUUCUACGUCUGCAUUUGUUUACAACUGGCUCAUCAGAAUGGAACCUUUUACAACAAUGUACUUAGCCUUGAAUGGCGGUAAGUUCGACUAUCCGAACCGCCUGUUCUCGUCCAUAGCCUUGUCGUGGAAGAAUUGUCAACGGGACACCGCAGACGUUAAGGAACUUAUUCCCGAAUUUUAUUUUUUGCCUGAGAUGUUUGUGAACUCGAACCGGUACCGAUUGGGCGUAAAUGAGAGCGGACGCAUCAUAAACGAUGUCGAGCUACCGCCUUGGGCAAACUCGCCCGAGGAAUUUGUACGGAUAAAUAGAAUGGCUUUAGAGUCGGAGUUCGUAUCGUGCCAACUGCAUCAAUGGAUCGAUCUCAUAUUUGGUUAUAAACAGAAAGGACCAGAAGCGGUCCGGGCAACCAAUUGCUUUUAUUACUUGACUUACGAGGGAAAUGUCGACUUGGAGUCCAUUCAAGACAAAGUUAUGAGAGAGGCGAUUAUUAAUCAGAUUCGGAACUUCGGUCAAACACCGUCGCAAUUGUUGAUGGAGCCACAUCCGCCAAGAAGUUCGGCAAUGCAUUUGUCGCCCAUGAUGUUUUCCACGAUCCCGGAUGACGUGUGCAUGACCAUGAAAUUCCUGUCGAACAGUCCCAUAGUGCACAUUUCCGCCAACACUUAUCCUCAGCUCCCGAAUCCUUCGGUCGUGACCGUAUCCAUGCACCAACAGUUUGCGGUCAACAAAUGGAACACUGCGUACGCCGCAGCUUCGCAAUCGCCGAGCUACGCCGACAUACCGCAAAGUCAAGCCUCCAACCUGCCAUUGUCAAUGGAUCCCGUUCUGUGUAAGUUGGAAACCUUAACGAAUAACAGCAACCAGCAGAACCAAAUGUUACGCCGGCAUCUGGGCGACAAUUUCAUACAAAAUCUAAAAAUCCGAUCGAAUUGCUUUGUAACGACGGUGGACAGCAAGUUCCUGAUUGCUUGCGGCUUCUGGGACAACAGUUUUCGCGUGUUUUCUACCGAAAGUGCCAAAAUUGUACAAAUUAUUUUCGGUCAUUACGGGGUGGUCACGUGCCUCUCGCGGUCGGAAUGCAACAUAACCUCCGACUGUUACAUCGCUUCGGGUUCUGCCGAUUGCACGGUCCUGCUAUGGCACUGGAAUGCCAGGACUCAGACGAUUGUCGGCGAGGCCGAGGUACCAACACCUAGGGCAACGCUCACGGGACAUGAACAACCAGUUUCCAGCGUUGUCAUAUCUGCCGAGCUUGGCUUGGUCGUCUCGGGAUCAUACAAUGGUCCAGUUCUAGUUCAUACUACAUUUGGUGACCUACUUAGAUCCCUAGAUCCACCAAUAGGGUUCAGUUCGCCACAAAAUAUUGCCAUGUCUAGGGAGGGGGUUGUAGUAGUAAAUUAUGAAAAAGGAAACGUAGCCUCAUACACCAUUAACGGAAAGAGAUUAAGACAUGAAUCCCACAAUGAUAACCUUCAGUGUCUUCUGUUGAGCCGAGAUGGCGAAUAUCUAAUGACUGGAGGAGACAAGGGUAUUGUAGAGGUCUGGAGGACAUUCAAUCUGGCUUUGCUAUAUGCUUUUCCUGCGUGUGAUAGUAGUAUUAGGUCGCUAGCGUUGUCACACGAUCAGAAAUUUUUGUUGGCGGGCCUUGCGUUAGGUUCCAUAGUUGUAUUCCAUAUUGACUUCAACCGAUGGCAUCACGAGUUCCAACAGCGCUACUAGACAGCUAUUUUCUGCUCCUUGUUUGUUUUUUUUUUUUAUGAACACUUGACUUAAAAUUUUAAUGACCGAAGUUUGUAGUACUCCGAAGGUUGGUUAUUAGUCCUAUUUAAGUAUGCAAUAUGUUCUUAGUCAUUCUUAAUGGUAGGUGUAUAGCACGGAUUUACCAGAUGCGUUAGCAUUUCUAUAGAAUUUAGAGUUAUUAAAAAAAAAAGAUAGAAGCUUCAACUGUUUCAAAUUCUCGCCUGUGUCGAGGUUAGUGUAUCGUAUUACCAUUGUUUUUAAUAAUGUAAUCCCCUAGGGGUUUCAUGCAAAGUCAAUCAUAAGCGAAGCUGGUUUUUGUGAGUUUAAGCACAUGUUAACAGAGUAGUUUUGUACGCUUGCAGCUUAAGGCACAUUAUGAUACCAGCAAAUUGUUGAGCCAAAGUAUUUUGGCGCACUUUUUGGACACCUUAUGCCCGAAAUGUGUGGAUUUCCACGUUAAGGGAGUACUGACAGGUCAAUAUGAUGUUGAUAAGCAUUUUCAAAGACCAAAGAUUUUUCUAGCAUUUUACUGGAAUAUUUAUUGGAUGAUGGAAUUCUUGUUUUCGUUUGAUUAAACGGCAAUAAAUGUUAUCAAGAAAAUUAUGGUAGAUAGCAAAUUAUAUGCCGAAAUAAUAGUGUAUGAUCAAAAUGGCCACUGAACAGAAUUCCAGCGAUAGAUAGUACCUGCUUACAGAAACCUUGCCAAUUUAAUGGAAGAAACACUUAGUAGAUAAGUAAAGCUGGUGCCAUAGCAGAAAUACACAACUUCGAAUCUUAAAACUGGAUGAAGGCACCAUGCUUGUAGAGGGUGCUACGCCCCCGGCAUAAAUGUUGGCGGUUCCCGUGCUUGUAGAGUAUGCUUCGUCCCUUGCAGAGAUGUAGUGGUUCCCUUGCUUGUCACCAUCGCCGCGCCACCGGGGCGCGCCAUCUAGGAGCCCCGCGCGGUGAUGCGGGACCUCACUACAUCUACUGGAGGAGCGGCCCUACAAGCAGGGAGGCCCCUUCCUCGCAGUUUUAAUGUUUAAGGUUAUGUAUGAUUUCUGAUCUUGAAUCAACUUUAUUUAUCCACUAGUCUUAACAAAAAUGUUGUAUCCAUUUUGGAUAAUGAUUUGGAUUUUAAGAAAAGUUAAACUUUAGAAUAAGAUUAAAAAAUAUAAUCAAAAAAUUUGCAAUGGUAGUUUCUAUUUGUUUAAGGGUAGGUAGUGGUGAAUGCUAGUACGACUAAUUCAGGGUGAUUAUUAUAUUUACUGGAAAAUAACGCGAAAUCCACUUUUGGAAAUUUAACCUGCUUUUUAAUUUCCAGUUUUGGGGCAGUGGUUUUCCAAUCGGAAAAGGUCAAUUAAAUUAAAUGGAAGGAAAUGGCAGCUAUUAUUGUUGAUUAGUUAUAAUGUUAUUUAUUUUUAUAGUUUUUGAAUUGGAAGCAGCGUUCAUUUUUAGCAGGACAAUUUUUAUUCACAUUAUCUUGUGCUCAAAAUUCUAUCACGAAAGGCAGAUGAACCUCGGAAGUUCAUAUUUUGAAGGGCAUCUAUUGACCCACACAAAAAAAUUUGGUGGCAUACGGUGUUCAUAAAAACAUUCCCUCCAAGCAAAACUGUAUUAUAUCGCAAGUCUGUCCAGAUAAAUCAAACUUAUUGUAUAUAUUAAGCGAAAUUGUUUCCUUUUAUAUGAGACGCUACUAUCUUAAGUCCGUGUAUUAAAGGUGUUAAUGUAUUAUUUUAUUACUUAUAUUAUAUUAUUGUACUUAAAUGUAUACAUUGUAGGUUUGAUGUUAGCAAUAACCAUUUAUGUUCAUGAUUUGUAUACACAAUUACUAUGAUUAAAAUGAGUGUGUUUUGUUC